ACCUCAGGCACCUCUACACCUUGUGUUGCUUCUUUUCUCCAUUUACCUUCGGUCGAAUGACUGGGGGUUGUGGGUAGGGAAAGUGAUACUUAACAGCUUUGCUGUGGUGCUCUUUGCCUCCUCCUGCUGGCCAGGAGUGAUAUUCCCAUCAGUAAUUGAUGAAGUCGUGGACUCACCAUAUCCGGAAAGAGAGAAAUUUAUCAGGUAAGCAUAAAUUUAGUUUUUCCCAGGUCUGCUAUGACCUCACAUUAAUGUCAACACUCUGUUUAACAAAAAAAAUUCUGUCCGUCUGUUGUCUUCAUUAAAUCCAAAAAUGGAAAACAGCACACUUAAAUGUAUUAGGCAUAAAAAAGACUUGCUAGGUCUUGAUAGAAGAACAAUAUUGACACAAUUUCCAUCCUCCAAAGAGAUUUUUAUAAAUUGGGUCCAUAGGCAUAAUUAGGUUUCAGGCCUGCAAUAGGCUCUUAGUCAUAUUAGCUGUUUUCUCCAGUUGAUGUUGCUAAUUGCUAUGCACUUAUUUUUGUUCAUUUAUUACUGUAUGUAGCAAUAUUUAAUUUAUACAGGGGUGGAACAAUAUCACUAUGGUUUACUAGUCAGGGGUUAAAAGCUAAUAUAUAUAUAUAUAUUGUUUUUUUCAAAUUAGCUUAUAUCACAUCAUUGAAUACACUUUUUAAAUUAUGCAAACUUUUUAAAUUAUUACACUACCUUCACCCGGCCACUUUAUAAUGCUACCCAGCUACUUUAUAAUGCCACCUGGCAAAAUGUUCUGCGGAGAACACUGGGUAUAGUGAUAUAAGAUAUAGAUAUAGUGUGCCUAUGAAAAUGAUAGGAAUCUUAUUGUUCUGCUGCAGUUUCUAUGAUAGUCUAAUAUUAGCAACAUUAAUUGCCUUUUGAAGCUUACCUUCUAACUCUACCCCUCCUGUCUGUCUGUUUUUUUUUUAUUUUUUUUCCCAAACGGAGGGUUUCAGAAACUGCUGGAAGAACAUGCACAUGACCCACCUGAGCUUGCACUAACUGGACUUCCUAUUGUUAAGUGGCCGAAGAGAGAACAGUACAAAGUUAACCUGCGGCCCAAAAUACAGUUUACCAAACCUCACACCAUGAGGCCAGCUUCCCGUCAUGUCACAGCCCCUUCUCGGCCUUCUGGAACCCCGUCUGGGCCUUCCGCCUCUUCUGGUGCUCGAAGACGCCGUGUUAGGUGUCGCAAGUGUCAGUCAUGUGUUCAACGAGAGUGUGGAACAUGCCAUUAUUGUAAGGAUAUGAAGAAGUUUGGUGGACCUGGUCGAAUGAAGCAGUCCUGUGUGCAGAGGCAGUGUAUUGCACCCAGAUUGCCUCAUUCUGUUACUUGUAACAUCUGUGGGGAGGUGGAUCAAACAAAUGACUCCCAAGAUUUUGAAAGAAAGUUGAUGGAAUGUUCGAUCUGUAAUGAGAUUGUGCACCCAGGAUGCUUAGAGAUGGACGGUGAAGGGUUGAUUAGUGAUGAGCUUCCCAACUACUGGGAGUGCCCUAAAUGUUAUGAGGAACAGAAGUACUCGGUGGGUGCUGAACAGGAACGAGUCUUGCUGCACAAUGACAGACUAUUAGACAUCGAGGGAACAAUACCGAGACGGAAAUCUAGAGGAAAGAGAUCUUGCUUGGUGAGCUUAGUAUGUAUGCUUCACUGGUAUCCACUAUGGUAAUUACUCCUAAAGCUU